AUGGCAGCCUUCCUACAAUGGAGGAAAUUUGUAUUUUUUGAUAAGGAGACUGUAAAGGAUCCUUCGGAUAACGGAAAACCAUUCAAUCUUCCAAAUGGAAUAUCGGCUUGCGACUCCGGACGAGGCUAUAUUGUUCUUGGAGAUAUGAGUGGCAAUAUCUGGCUUUUGAUGCGACUUUUGCAGCAAACAACCUUCCAGGCUUACAAAUUACGAGUUACACAUAUUUACCAACUGAAACAACACAGCAUUCUUGUAACGGUGGGGCAGGACGAACAUGGAAUAAACCCUCUCGUGGUUUCUCAGGUGAAGGUCUGGAAUUUGGACAAAAGAGACAGUGGAAGUCCGCUUUGCACAAGAAUUUUCCCUGCGAUCCCAGGCAGCAAACCAACAGAAGUUUCUUGCCUCAGUGUACAUGAGAACCUCAACUUCAUGGCAAUUGGUUUCACAGAUGGCAGCGUGGUUUUGACUAAAGGUGACAUAACUCGUGAUCGACACAGUAAAACUCUCACUCUGCACGAGGGAACCAUCCCGGUCACAGGCCUCACCUUCCGUCAAGUUGCUAAAGUCACGCAUCUGUAUGUUGCGACGCUUGAGAAAGUCCAUUGCUACUGUCUUUCUGUCAAAGAGUAUCCAAAGGUAGAGCUGGAUACACAUGGCUGUGCACUUCGCUGCUCAUCCCUCACAGAUCCUUCACAGGAUUCUCAAUUUAUUGUGGCUGGUGACGAAUGCGUGUAUCUGUACCAGCCUGACGAACGAGGUCCCUGCUUCGCUUUCGACGGAACCAAGAUUUUGGCUCGCUGGCAUCGUGGAUAUCUUUUCUUAGUUAUCCGGAAUACAAAGACAAGGUUUGGUAGCAGGGAAAGCUGUCCGUCAGACAAGCAGUUACUGACCAUCUAUGACUUGGACAAUAAGUUCAUCGCCUAUAGUGCCUUAUUUGAAGAUGUCAUUGAUGUGGUAGCAGAGUGGGGCUCUUUCUUUGUACUCACCAGAGACGGAAAAAUGUCUAUUCUCCAAGAGAAGGACACACAGACCAAACUGGAAAUGCUGUUUAAGAAGAAUUUAUUUGUGAUGGCCAUCAACCUGGCGAAAAGCCAGCAUCUAGAUAGUGACGGAUUAUCAGAGAUCUUCAGACAAUAUGGAGAUCACCUCUACCUUAAGGGAGACCAUGAUGGUGCCAUUCAGCAAUAUAUUCGCACCAUUGGAAAACUUGAACCAUCUUACGUCAUAAGAAAAUUUUUGGAUGCACAGAGGAUCCAUAACCUGACGGCUUAUCUACAAGCAUUGCAUAGGCAGUCACUAGCCAACGCAGACCAUACCACACUGCUGCUCAACUGUUAUACAAAGCUUAAAGACAGUGUGAAGCUGGAAGAGUUUAUUAAGAGCAGUGAAAGUGAGGUUCACUUUGAUGUUGAGAUCGCCAUUAAGGUUCUUCGACAGGCCGGGUACCACAGCCAUGCUGUUUUCUUGGCAGAGAAGCACAUGCACCAUGAUUGGUAUUUAAAGAUUCAGCUGGAAGAUCUCAAGAACUAUGAGGAAGGGUUACGCUACAUUGGACGCCUACCUUUUGAACAAGCCGAAAGCAACAUGAAGCGUUAUGGCAAGACAUUAAUGCAUCACAUUCCUGAAGGUACAACACUGCUUUUGAAGGGAUUAUGCACCAACUAUCACCCAAGUGGGGAUACUUCUGGAACAGACAGCCACUUUGAGAAGAACCUGCUUAACAAGGCCAACUCUGAGGAGUUCAUUCCAAUCUUUGCCAACAAUCCCCGGGAGCUCAAAGCCUAUUUGGAGCACAUGAUUGAGGUGGAUCCCAACUCUCCACAGGGUGUUUAUGAUACACUGCUGGAGCUCCGACUUCAAGACUGGGCACAUGAACAGGACCCUGAGAGGAAAAAGAUCCUCCAGGGUGAAGCGUUGUCGCUCCUUCGCAGUGACAAUACUGUGUUUGAUAAAGCCCUGGUCCUCUGUCAGAUGCACAAUUUUAAGGAGGGUGUCCUUUACCUGUAUGAGAAGGGCAAAUUGUACCAACAGAUUAUGCACUACCACAUGCAGAAUGAGGUGUAUGACAAAGUGGUUGAAGCCUGUAAACGUUAUGGUGACCAGGAAGGUUGCCUGUGGGAACAAGCUUUGGGGUACUUUGCCAGAAAAGAAGAAGACUGCAAGGCCUACAUCAGUGAGGUUUUGGGUCACAUUGACCAAAACAACUUGAUGCCUCCUUUACUUGUGGUGCAGACACUGGCCCACAACUCAACAGCAACACUUUCUGUUAUUAAAGACUACCUGAUCAACAAGUUACAAAGGGAGAGCCUACAGAUAGAGGGCGACGAAUGUAAGAUACGACAAUAUCGCGAAGAAACUGCUCACCUCCGCUCGGAGAUCCAAGAGCUUAAAACAAGUGCCAAAAUAUUCCAGAAGACCAAGUGCAAUAUGUGCAACAGUCCCCUGGAACUUCCAUCAGUUCAUUUCCUGUGCAGCCACUCUUUCCACCAACACUGCUUCGAAAGUUAUGCCGACAACGAGGCCGAAUGUCCAACGUGUGCUCCGGAAAACCGCAAAGUCAUUGACAUGCUCCGGGCCCAGGACCAGAAACGUGACCUGCAUGACCAUUUCAACAGACAGCUGCAGAGCUCCCAUGAUGGAUUCUCUGUUGUGGCUGACUACUUUGGCAGAGGUGUUUUUAACAAACUCACUCUUCUUACGGACCCGCCUGGUAGCAAACCCGUCGGGAACGUCGAAGUGAAUUUGCAGAGAGACCUCAUCCGCACCAAAAGGAACUGCUAA